UUUCAGUGUUUCACUGAACGUGAGCAGUGUGUGAUGUUCUCUGAGUCUGGGCAUCUGCAUCACUCUGCAUCCAUCCUUUGCCGAAAGUGGAUUAUAGUUCACUCCUGAAACGGAUACUGCAAAUCAGCGCAGAUCAGGUUCCAUUAACCCCUGCACUUCAAAAUCUGUUGGAUUCUUCCUCGAUAAGAGCUAGUCACUUUCCUGACUUUCAGGGGAUGCUCCGUCUGCACAUUCCAGCAAUGAUCCUGCAGUGUCCUAUAUGCUAAUACAUUCUGUAUGGUGCACAUACUGUAGUCCUGGUCACUGGUCACCCAUGCCCAUUCUCUUGUUAAAGAUCUUCAGUGAAACGUGUGUGAGUUAUACUGCACUGAAACAAACUAAUUUAUCUGCAUCUUUAUCAUGGCAAAAUAUCUUCAAUAACUGUACACCAAGGGCCAGGAAGGACGUGGGAAGAUAUUCGGGUGCAGAAUGUAUCUGAGACAAAACGGAUCCAUGGGCCCCUGUCCGCACCAAUACAAACAGAAACUUCUGUGGUUCAUGGCUUUCCUGCUGCCUCUUACAAGGGCUGAUGUGGACACUCAAGAAGACAAACUGUUUACUUGGAAAUCAGGUGCAUGGGGUCAGUGCAUUGGAGAAUGUGGGCCAGGUGGCCUCCAGAGCCGAUCGGUGUGGUGCGUACAUAGUGAAACUUGGGUUACCCAUAUCUCAAACUGUGAAUCACAGGACGAGCCAGCAAGCCAAAGGAACUGCUUUAAAAUCUGCGACUGGCACCGUGAUCUAUUUCAGUGGGAGGUUACAGAAUGGGACACAUGUGUUCUUGUGCCUUAUUCCAACAAUGAGGUUAAGACAAGAAGCACAGAAUGUGUUACUGCCCAGCGUGGUCUACAGCAAAGACAAGUGAAUUGUGUCCACAAGGCCAACAGAUCCAUUACACUUGUUGAAAUCUGUGAGCAUUUUACCCCACAGCCACCAACAGAACAAGCUUGUCUAGUUCCUUGCCCACUGGAUUGUAUUGUAUCUGAAUUCUCACCAUGGUCCACAUGCAGUAAAAACUGUGGGAACCAUCUCCAAUACAUAACUCGUUCAGUAAUUUCUGCACCUUUAUAUGGUGGCUCAGACUGUCCUAACCUUACAGAAUGGAGGACUUGUCCAUUUCACAGUUUGUGCUCUUUUGGAGAAGAAGAAUAUACAUACAGCCUCAAAGUUGGACCAUGGAGUGAGUGCAGACUGCCUCAUGUAAAAGAAAUCAAUUUGAGUGGAAGAACCAUGUUGGAUUUUGGCUCUGAUUCUGGGGAAAGAAGUAUAUUUAGACAGACAGGACCUAAGUCACUAGAGGACUCUGGCAUGCGGGACUUGGAAAUUGGUUACCAAACACGGCAAGUGCAGUGUAUGCAAAGUGAUGGAAAGAAUGCUCUUCUGAGCAUCUGCACCCAGAACAGCAUGCCUCUACAUUACCAGUCUUGUAUAAUGCCAAGAGACUGUGAAGUAUCGGAGUGGUCUGCAUGGAGUCUGUGUUCUAAGACCUGUCAGCCCGGAGGGUCAAUUCUUGGAUUACGGAGCAGGAGAAGGGAUGUUAAACACAUUGCGGUUGGUGAAGGGAAACCUUGUCCCGUGCUGGAAGAAAUGGAAGCAUGUAAUACAGGAGGACGUGAGCCACUAUGUCUCAGCUUCUCCUGGAAGACCUCUGAGUGGACGGAGUGCCAGGCAUCUCUACUCACUGAGCAGGGUACCACUUCCCGGGCAGAGGAAACGACACAGUGCGGUGGCGGAGUUCAGACCCGAAAGGUGUUUUGUGCACAAAGUGUGAUGGAAUCAGGGACAAAAAAAGAAGUCUACAGACCUGUAGGACCAGAGUUUUGUGUAGGACCAGCACCAUCCGAAUCUCAGCUGUGCAACAUCCCAUGCCCCACAGACUGCUUAUUAUCUUCCUGGACUGAUUGGGGGCCAUGUAUACAUGAAAAUUGUCUGGAUCCUCAUGGAAGAAAAGGUUAUAAAUUCAGAAGAAGACAAAUUACAUUGGAGUCUAUGACGACUAGUGGAAAUUGCCCACAUUUAGAAGAAGCAGUCCCCUGUGAUGAUCCUUUGUGCUAUAAAUGGGCUGUAUUUGGAGAUUUACAUUGUGUACCUGAAAAUGGAGAGUGCGGACAUGGGAAAUAUCACAUAAACACCACAUGUCUGGGUGAACUUGGACAAUCUGUCUCUGCAGAGCUCUGUGUGGAUGAGCCUCCCGUGCAGCUGGUCUGCAAAGUGCCGUGCAGUCUGGACUGUGUCAUUAGUGAGUGGUCAGCCUGGUCGCCGUGUUCCCGUUCUUGUUCUACUAAAAAUGCAGAGGGGAAGCAGAGCAGAACCAGAUCAAUCCUCGCCUAUCCCGGAGAAGGUGGGAAGUCUUGUCCUUCAAGCCAAGCAUUGUAUGAGUAUCGGUUGUGCAAUGACCAUCUCUGCACAACGUUUUACUGGCAGACAUCGCCAUGGGAACCAUGUACCACAAACACACAGAUAGCACAAUUAAAUUUCACCGUCAGCCGGAGCAAAGAGAAUACGUGUGGUGUGGGAGUACAAACCCGAAUAGUUUUCUGCAUGAAGAACAGUACAGGACAAGCCACUGGUAAAAGGUGCCCAGAAUUUAGCAAACCUGAAACAAUUCGCACCUGUCUACUACCCUGCAAGAGAGACUGUGUUGUGACUCUCUUUAGUGAGUGGACCUCUUGCCUGAAAACGUGUCAGCCUGGGAACAACUCUGUGGCCAAACAGUCUCGAUACAGGAUAAUAACACAAGAAGUCCUGAAUGGAGGACAGGAAUGUCCUGGUACUCUGUACGAAGAGAGAGAAUGUGAGACUGUCCCGGUCUGUCUAAUGUACAGGUGGAAACCUCAUGCGUGGAAGCAAUGUGUCCUUGUGCCAGAUUAUGUGAGACAAGGGAUCACCGGAGCCAGUGAUUCAUGCGGACACGGAAUACAAACUAGAGAUAUAAUCUGUGUAACUGCUGAUGACCACCCUACAGAGGUGACUGAAUGUCUUCGAUGGGCCGGACCAAUCCCACCCUUAGCACAGGAGUGUAACAUCCCCUGUAAGGAGGACUGUACAUUUACCCCUUGGACCCAGUUUACCUCAUGCUCCACAGACUGUGUUUCAUCCAGGAUCAGGAGGAGGCAUCUCACUGGGAAAAGCAAGAAGCGGGACAGAUGUCAGAAUGCAGAGGUUUAUCCGUUAGUCGAGACAGAGGCCUGCGCCUGUAAAGAAUAUAAAUCUCAUCCACAUGGAAAUUGGUCAGACUGCAUAAUAAGAGACUCGAGAAAUGAGAUUCAACUGAGAACGAGAACUCCGGGGAACAUGAAAAGCUGCGGAGAAGGUGUCCGAUUCCGUGCUAUCGCUUGUUAUGAUUUAAGUGGCAGGAUAGUAGAGCCCACUCUCUGUAGUCAUUCUGGUUACAUUGAGGAAAAGUGUGAAAUUCCAUGCCCAUUUGAUUGUAGACUGAGUGACUGGUCUAGCUGGACUCCAUGUAGCUCCUCUUGUGGACCUGGAGUGAAAAUGCGGUAUAAAUUUCUGAAAGAAAAGCCUUACAAUGGAGGACGGCCUUGUCCGAAGCUUGACCUUAAAAAUCAGGUGUACGAGGCAAUCCCAUGCUAUAAUGAAUGCAAUCAGUACUUGUGGGUGACCGAGCCCUGGUCUGCUUGCAAACUCCACAGUGAGGAGAAGACUGCUGACUGCGGGCUGGGAAUACAAAUCAGGAAAGUACGAUGUGUAAAUAUAUCCAAAAAUGCUGAGGAUGACUUUGUAAGUGAUACUUACUGUAACCACCAAGAAACUCCCACAAGCAGGCAAAACUGCACUCUUUCCUGCCCUGGCGAAUGUGUGAUGUCUAGCUGGGGCCAGUGGAGUCAAUGCCCAAAGCUGUGCGACUCUGUCUCACUGAGGUCAAGGACAAGAUUUCCUCUGAGAUUUCCUGCUAGCAUAAAGCCCUGUCCUAAGGACUCAGAAACUGAGCCAUGCGUCCUGAACAGUAAUUGUUUCCACUAUCAGUAUAAUGUCACAGAGUGGAGCACCUGUCAGCUCAGUGAAAAGGCUAUCUGUGGAGAAGGAAUAAAAACUCGGCUUUUAGACUGCACCCGCAGCGAUGGGAAAUCUGUACAAAUGUCCUAUUGUGAGCAGCUAGGACUGAAAAAGCCUGAAAAAAUGAGUCUCCGCUGUCUAGUAGAAUGCACAUUUGAUUGCCACAUCUCUGACUGGUCAGCCUGGUCUCCUUGCCCCCAGACAAGUGGCUUUGCAGGCCAGGAGCGAUCCCGACACAUAAUCAUGCAAGCUGAAGGAGAUGGGCGACCUUGUCCAACACUGCUCAACCAGUACAGAAGCUGCCCAGUUUACCCUCACUAUGCCUGGAGUUUUGGGGAAUGGUCGAUGUGUAAAGUUGAGAAUGGCCAGUGUGGAGAAGGACUUAAGUCUCGUAACCUCACAUGUGCGGUACAUGAUAUUACCAUCUCUGGAACCAAACAGCAAGUAGACCCUAAAUUCUGUGGCCAAUUACCCAGUGAGGAGAAUCCACUCAGUAUGAACUGUUAUGUCCCUUGUCCAGGUGAUUGCCACCUUACGGAAUGGUCCCACUGGAGUUCCUGCGAGGUCACCUGCAUUGAUGGACGCAGUUUUGAAACAGUUGGUCGGCAGACCCGAUCAAGAACCUUUAUUGUGCAGUCUCUAGAUAACCAGGAAAGCUGUCCAAGUCCCAUUAUUGAGACUCGGCCCUGCACAGGAGGAAAAUGUUUCAAAUACACGUGGAAGAUGAGCCCCUGGAGGGACAAUAAAAGAACAGUUUGGUGCCAGCGCUCAGAUGGGAUAAAUGUUACAGGAGGUUGCUCUCCUAACUCCCAGCCUGCUGCCGUUCGAAGCUGCGACCCACCAUGCAGAAAACCAUUUUCCUAUUGUAUGCAGAGUGGAAUCUGUGGUUGCCAUGAAGGAUACACACAAAUAAUGAGAUCUAGCGGCGUCCUUGACUAUUGUUUGAAAGUUCCGGGCCCUGAAUCUAAGAAAGCCGACGUGAAAACUUUCAUUGAAAAAAGUAAACCUAGUAUCAACUCCAAACUCCCGCAGAUAUUUAACUGGUCGAUUCAGCUAUUUGACCAAGAUGGACGUGUGAGUCUUUGGGUCUAUGUGGUAUGUGUGGGAAGUUUUCUCAUCCUGGUUUUCCUCAUCAUCAUUUCUUACCUCGUCUGCAGAAAGCCACAAGGACAGAAAAGCAAGCUUCCUCAGCAAAAGCCUCUAACCUUGGCAUACGAUGGAGAUUUUGAUAUGUAACAUAUAUAUAGAUAUAUAAAUGGUAAUACAGAUAAAUCAGCUGCCUUAACUCUGUAUGGAAAUAUUGGAUCGUCCAUGGAUUUCUACAAAAGAUAAAACUGGUGUUCGUAUAAUUUAGCUCAGACUAUAACUUUUCAUACUUGUGUCAAUAGAUAAACCAGUCUGUAGUCUUCAUUUAAAUACCUAAAAUUUAUACUACAGGAAUCUAUUAAAAAGAGACAUUUUAAAGUCUAGAAUGAACUUGUUAUAAUUCACAUUUUCCAGAAAACUCCUAAUUUGUUGGAUAUAACGCUCCCACUUUUUGUCACUACAUAAGCCGUUGUGGAACUUAUUGCGGACUGUCAAGAACUCCGAGAUUUGUUACAAAGCAUCUUGUAUCAUCAUCUUGUUGAAUAGUUUCUUCACUUUCAACAUGAAUAUAUCCACUUUCUGUGUACGGUAUGAAUGCUGGUGGGUGUAUCAGGUUAUGCAAAAUAAAACAUGAAAUUGUAUAUAAUGUAAAUAUUUGGACUGAUAACACAUUUUAACACCUGCAAAUCUGUUUUUCUAUGGGAUUUUGUGAUAUAUUUCUAACCCAAAUUUUGUAUCUUAUGUAAAAAUAUGUCACAUCAAUACAUCUCUACCCGUGAACCUUCAGAUAAAGGCUCAUAAAGGUUUAAAUUAUUAUUGCAAAUAAACUUCUUCAAUGACAA